AUGGAGGUGUGGUCUGGCGCCAUUGAUGUUGACUCUGGCUCAAGCGCGUCUUUAACGGGUAGGCAGAUGGGUGCUCCAGUUGUCCCCCAAGAAGGCAGAUUACUGACCUGGCACCUAUAUAGGCCAGAGGAUGGUUAUGAAGAGUUCUCUUCUCCCCAGCAAUGUCCUGUUGGCAUUCUUGUCCACGUCAAUGAGCAUGUACCCUCCCCAGAGCUGAAGACCCAGUCGGCGCGGCAAGAAAUAUCAGACAUCCUUAUAUUCGGAACCUUGUCAAGGUCUAGCCCACAAAAUGAGCGUCUAUCACCACCAUACCCCCCUUCAUCAGCAGUUGGAGGCCAAUUUUCUGGGGAGCCCUCAUUACAGCUAAGGGUAUACGCCAUUCCUCUCUGUUCAAGCAUCUUCACUAAGGCCCAGUCAUUAUCCACUCCCCCAAGCAACGCAAAGUACAACGCUUCUGGAAACCUGGAAAAUGAACCAUGUGGUGAAUUUCUGCAGAAUAUAUUUCGUUCCCCAAGCCCAAAGAGGAAGCGGGUUGCAACCUUAUUCGAAGCGGCUACGGAGUAUCACAAAAAUGUUAGGAGGAAGGGAACAGCAGCAAUGUCUGAUUAUCUCAGAAGAGAAAAGUCUUCCACGCCUCAACUCCCUCAACUUCCCUCUAACGUGAAGAUAAAGCGAGAGAAUGAGAAUAGCGCGGAUUUUGCUUCAAGCCUGAAUGAUGUCAGCAUCGCUAGAAGGCGUGCUGCUUCGACUACAAAAGAUGUGCGUGUAGGGUCCAGGAGAUCCUCACUCCAUCGCCCUGGGUCAUCAACUUCUCAAGCCUUAAGCACAUCAAGCCGUAAAGAGCUACUCACUUCGAAAACGGACGGCUCAAGCCUCCAUCUGGAGCCCGGUCAGAAACCAAAGAACCCGCACCCGGACUCCUGCGAAGACAUCGCUGCUGCCAACAAAGCUUUAUUGACCCGUACGAUUCUCACCUGUAUGCGUUUCUAUGGCUUCCGUCGGACACAUACUAGAAAUACUCAAAUCGUGCAUUCUUCCACACGGGAUAUACCAGAAUCCGACUAUCCAGCUAUAAAAUGCGACUCUAAUCUAGCCAAUGAUAGCCGUGCACAGAGAAUCUCUGUCCCUGGGAAUCUUCCUCCGUUUGACGACAUAGGAAAGUUGGACACAACAAACCAUAUGGAUGGUUUUAACGGUGGAGAACCUGCCCAGCCAGAUGCUGACGGAAAUGAUGAUACGGGGUUUAAGGAGAUGUAUCAUGCCACCUACCGUGCUUCUACAUUUGCUUUGAGGCGGUUUUUUAAACCAUCCGUUCAAAACAUUGGGCUGUCAGGAAGUUCAGCUUAUGUCAAUGAUAUUCCUGUCCUAGGGAAAGAUAAGGCAAUGACCACGAUAGACUCCGUCCUAAAGCUAUUCUGUGAAAUGUCGGAAGGGGAAUAA